AUGUCCGACACGAGAACUGCCAUCCUCUCCUCGAAGGCUCCUUCGCCGCCAUCGUUCCUGUCACAAGCCAUCCGCGACGGCAAUCUCGUAUUUUGCUCGGGUCAGAUAGGCGUUGACCCAUCUAUCGGCGCGCUGUUAUCAGGCACAGUGCAGGAUCGAACACGCCAAAUCCUCAAGAAUUUGUCUGCAGUACUUGAAAGCGCAGGUUCAAGUCUUGACUUGGUGAACAAAGUCAACAUCUUCUUGGUCGAGCGGAGCGAUUUCACGCCGAUGAAUGAGGUCUACGAGUCGUUCUUCAAGGACCCCAAGCCGGCGAGAACAUGUGUCUUUGUCAAAGCAUUACCUCUAGGGACUGAUGUUGAGAUCGAAUGUGUUGCGAAGGUUGGUGACCAGUCGAAGCUUUGA